ACAGGCACGCGGGAGAUGCAGCCCUUUCUCUUAAUGGCUCUCGCAGACCCCGUGCCGCCCUUAGUCAGACGGCCGGUAGGAGCGUGAAUAACGGGGCCUGCGACCUCUUGGGCGCCCGGAGCCCUUUGGCCUGCCGGCCCAGCGGGAACGUAGCAUGUGGACCGCUAAGGGCAGCCUGCCUGAAGGGAGUCUUAUGGCGGCCCCUUUGGGGGAGUAGGGGGCCCGGACUUCGGACGGCUGAUAGGGAACAAGUGACUAGAAGUGGCCAAAGUCUGGGCUAGGGAACCCAAAGGUCUGAGUGCUUGAAGUAACUAAGCCUCUAGCCUUGAGCUAGUCAACUCUGGGGCCGCCCUGGGUGUCAGUUUCCCACCUUGUCCAUUGAUGGUCUCUUUUGGUUUGGAAUCAAGUUUCUCCUCAGGAUCAACCGCCUUCCCGCUGCCUCUCAAAUUUGUUACACCAGCACUGAGUUACCCUGGGUUCUUAGAAAUGGACACAGAAAUCAAGGAAGAAAUUCCUGUGCAUGAGGAAUUCAUUUUAUGUUGUGGAGUUGAAACCCAGGUUCUAAAAUGUGGGCCCUGGACUGACCUCAUUAAUAAUCAAAGAGGCACGAGGCCUAAGCUGCUUAUUUUCAUUAUUCCUGGUAACCCAGGUUUUCCUGCCUUUUAUGUGCCAUUUGCAAAGGCUUUGUAUUCUGCAACAAAAAGACGCUUUCCAAUUUGGAUUAUCAGUCAUGCUGGGCAUGUCUUAGCCCCCAGAGGCAAGAAGAUUCUUACAACCUCAGAAGAUUCAAAUGCUGAAGAAGUUAAGGACAUCUAUGGACUCCGUGGUCAAGUAGAACACAAAUUAGCUUUCCUGAGAACUCAAGUGCCAAAGGAAAUGAAGCUUGUGAUCAUUGGCCAUUCCAUAGGCUCUUAUUUUUCCCUUGAGAUUCUGAAGCACGCACCUGAGCUCCCAGUAAUUCGCUCCAUUCUGCUCUUUCCAACAAUUGAGCGAAUGUCUGAGUCACCCAAAGGCAGGUUUGCCACACCUCUUUUGUGCUGGCUUCGCUAUGCUCUCUAUGUUCCUUGCUACUUACUGCUUAAACCAUGGCCUGAGAAAAUCAAGUCCUUGGUGAUCAGAAUGGCCCUUCAAAUGAUGGACAUACCAAGGGAAUUUUCUUGUCUGAAUACGUUGGAACCGUUCUGCCUUGUUAACGCUGCCUACCUUGGGAGCCAAGAAAUGAGGGAGGUAGUAAAGAGAGACAACGAAACCAUCAAAGAACAUUUACCUAAGCUUAUAUUUUACUAUGGUACUACAGACGGUUGGUGUCCAAAAGAGUACUAUGACAACAUAAAGAAAGAUUUUCCAGAAGCAGAUAUUCGACUCUGUGAGAAAAAAAUACCUCAUGCGUUUAUCCUCAAUUUUUUCCGGGAAGUGGCCGACAUGGUAGCUGACUGGCUAAAGGAUGAUCUGUCCAAAAUAAUAGCACCUCCCCACCCCCCGACCGCAGAGAAAAUUGUGAAAGAACUACGAGAAAAUGUAAAGGACCAGUGAAUGUCAAGUGCAUAGUCAGACAUGUGAAGCAUAUGAAAUUAUGAGAAGACACUCAUCCAGGAAGUGACAAGCAGUGGAGCUUGGCAGUGGACCCGGGUCUCUUUUAAGGACAGAAGCUGAAGGUCAGCCCAACUAACUUUGCACAGAUCUUGGCUGAAAUCACCAAAAUCAGACUGGAUAGCAGGACAGCCUGCACACCCUGCCUCUUACUACCUUGCAGCUUGUCUCAGACCACCAAGUCAGCCUUCUGUCUGGCUGCUGGUGCACAAGCCCAGCGGAGCCCGUGGCAGGGGACGCACUGUCUGUCUCCUCCCCUGAGGCGAGUGACUUCCUGACGUGCCACAGUAAUGAGCGAAUAAAGCUCGUCAGACGUUCCUCUGGUAACUAAGACUAAUAAGCGUUACUGAAGGAUCCCAGCUGUACCUUCCUCCACAGCCAACCAGUAAGUCCUGGAUGGGCGCUCCCUGCAGGUUUCCGUUCUCCAGAGCCAGCAUGGGGUGACACUGAGCUGCCCCCAUGAACCUCUUGCCUGCCACAGGCAACUGCCCAUUCUGUGAUUUUUUCAAUCAAACUCCACUGCAGACCAGCAAUGAGCCAAGUGCUAUAAAGACCUUGAAGAUAGACUGUUAGCUACAUUAAUGAUUCUUUUCUUCUGAAAAUCUUCCAGGAAGUAAAUUUUGAAAGGGCAUCUUUAAAUUGCUGAAUAGAGGAUCAUCAUAAAUGAGUUCUCCAGUUAGUUGGAAAGAAAUUGUUUUACUAAUGAGCCAAAAAAAAAAAACCCAUUAAAUUAUGUGAAUUCACCCUCUCCGGACACCUUGAGUUCCAAUAAAGAAGCUUGUUCUCUAAUCUAGAGCUUGCUAACAGUAUUGCUUCCUUCCCUAAAUUGAUUCAAUCCUGGGACCUUAGGAUUUACUUAGCCAGUAAAUCCCACUGACUGCGGAGAUGGUUAAUGAUAGAUAGAAACAUUCCAUUUUUUCUCCUGGAGGAAAUCCCUCAUGGUGUUAUUUCGUAAGGACAAGGGGAUGUUGUCCUUCUUCUCAAAACCUAAAGCCCUCUGAUGAAAGAUUCAGCUCUGAUAUGCUGCCAACCCAGUGGUGAAUGUCGAAUGAGAUAUGAUCCUUUGGCCUGGCUUCCACAUCAGAGCAAAUGACGUCUCAGAGGGGAGGAGCCAAGCUCCAGGCAAACAGUGCUCUCAGCCCCAGAAAGGGGCCAGUAGAUGUAUAAGCCAUUGGCAGAAGGCUGCAUACAUAAAGUCCUUUUUGGCAGCUGUGUGGAGAGGCCUUCUAGAAAUCUAAUGUUAGGAGCUGGGUCUCAGGACUCUGAAGUACCUUGCAUACAGGAGAUGCUCUAUAAGAUACUGAAGCACUUAAGCAAGUACUAGGUAAAUCAUGCUACUAGAAUCAAGAAUAACACACCCAGUGUUUCUGUUAGCCUUAUUUUACAAUGUUACUUCAUGUUUCAGAAAUCCACAUGUAUGAAAUUAUACCUGAUAAACCAAAGUUUACCAGAGCUUAAAAAAUAAUAAGUAAAAUGAUAAAGUAAAAGAUACUGGCUUGUAAUUCCUGUUAAUCAUCUAAGCACCAAAUGAAUUUUCAAAAUAAAUAUUUUACCCACACUUUAU